AUGUUUGGGCACAAAUUCAAGACGAUCUCUCUACACAUAAAGUCAUCUACAACAAGCCUGCUGCUGGCCCCACCAAUCCUGAAGACGUUCCUCCGCCAGGAUACAUGUGCUACAGAUGUGGUGGCAAGGGACCACUGGAUCAAAAACUGCCCCACCAAUACUGAUCCGAACUUUGAAGGAAAGAAGAUCAAGAGAACAACCGGUAUUCCUCGGUCGUAUUUGAAGACAUUGUCCAAGGAAGCGGUUGAAAGACUACAAAGCAGUGACAGUUCAGUGACCACGAACGAGAAUGGAGACUUGGUGGACCAACAGGGUAAUACUUAUAUGAUUUCAGAGACAGGAGAAUACGUUCUCACGAUGGCUGAUACCAAGACAUGGCUGACAUAUCAAGAAAAGCAACAAAGUGCAGCCAUGAAAGCCAGGCGAGAAUAUGAUGAAAAAAUGGUAAUUGCUGCGGAAAAAGACCAACAUCCUUUGUAUGUGGACCCAUUGCUGACUAGUAGUCGCAAGUUGUUGGCACCACCCAUUGUCAUGACGCCGUGUUGUCAGGAUGUCAGCAAGCUCAAAAAGUUGCGUAAUUUCAACUACCAUCAGCCUUCUCUUGAGCUGACGCUUAUUGACAACGAUUUCCACUGUCCCAACUGUGAUCUGGAAGAUGUAUUUAUAGACUCGUUGAUUCGAAACGAAGAGUUGGAAAAAGAAAUCGAGGCUUACGUCGAAGAAAAAGAAAAGGAAUUGGGUCUCGAAAACCCUUACAAGAGGAAAUCUGAAGAAAAUGGACUGGAUCCUAAACGACAACGCCCAGCAGGUUCUAUGCCUGCUCCAGCAAUGCCCUAUGGCAUGCCCAUGAUGAUGAACCCUAAUAUGCCAAUGCCUCCACCAAUGAUGUUUGGUAUGCCUCCAAUGCCCCAAAGUAAAUAG